AUGCGUUUUCAUGUAAAUACUCAGUUAUCGUCGGCGAUGUUACGAUCAACGAGACUAGCCGCUCGAAUCGCCCCUAUUCUCUCUCGAAAUUAUUCUACAAGUAGCAGUCUCAAACUUUUGACACCUGAAGACAUCAGAGUAACAGAAAGAGCGCAACAGCGAUUGAAGGUGUACACAAUCCUUCUGUGGCUGCUCCUACCACUAAUGCUUCUACCUGCUUUCAGGAGGUGUAACAAUCCUUCUGUGGCUGCUCCUACCACUAAUGCUUCUACCUGCUUUCAGGAGGUGCUUUCACAAGGUGAACGAUUACGAGUGGAAGUAGACGGCGGUGGUUGUUCUGGGUUUGAGUACAAAAUUAAACUUGACAAAAAAUUGCAAAACGAUGACAGGCUGUGGAAACGGGAUAAUGUGGAAAUUGUUGUUGAUGAAGUGAGUUGA